GUUUCGUGGGCGGGGCUUAUAUCGAUGACGUUUUAGCAGCCGCUAAAAUCAAAACCGUUGUCGCUACUAAAUGCUCGUUCUUCAACAAGAAAAUAACAUUUCCGUGACAAAACUGACGGAUAUGGAGGCAGCCACAGGAGUUUUAAACCACUUGAUUGCUUUGGAGACUCAAGCGAGGAUCCGCCAAGUUCAGCCCCGGCAGCGGACUCCCGUGGAGGAGCUGCGGGCCCGCGUAAAGGCGCUGACCAUGGAGAGGGACCGGUUGGAGGCGGAGAUUCGUGUACACAAGGAUAUUGAAAAACGCAAGAUGCGACUGAACAAUCAAUGUGCGGGAGCAGAAGAGGCAGAAGAAGAAAUGGAGACUGAAGGUGGCGAGAAUGAGGAACUUCUGCAGCUGAUGGCCAGACACAUUCACCUUAAGGAGCUUCUGUAUGUUCAUCACAUUAUUGGCGGCUACGACAUCACAGAGACCCGCAAAGGGAAAGGCGUGUGCGUGACUCUGUCGACGGCCUACGAGGGCGUCUACCUGAAAACGUACAACCUGGAGUUGGACGUGAAGCCGACGCUGAGGAUCACUCGCCACAACGUGCCGCCGUUUAUCGCGCUGGGCGAGCUCAGCGAGCGGGGAAGCCUGCAGGACGACCUCAGGGGCUUCCUGGACACGCUCAGCACACAACUCAAUGCCUUUGAGGGCCGCAGGCAGCAGCUGAAGCUCCUUAAGGAGCUCCAUCCGUCCGUUACGGUGAUGGAGAGCAACGCGCUGUGUUCUAUCCUGGUGCUCAUGCUGAGCACGCCAAAAAAGAAGACACUGCUCUGCACCCUGAACUACACGGACCUCAAAAGAUGUCUGCCCACGGGGGUCCGCUUUGACUGUGAAGAUGAGAUGCUUCCGGAGUCUCCAGAGUGGAAAAACAACAGCAAGCUUCUCAUGGAGACGCCGGUUCACAAAGCUUUGGGCACCAUGAAAACCAGUGCAUACAUUGCGUAGGCUUCAUCUGCAGUCCCAUUCGUUUUCUUUGUCCUGGAGCCUCCGGAUGAAUUCCGUCACCUUGUCGUGCAAGCGCUCCCUCUGGAGGAGCCUGGUCUUCUCCGCCCGCUCUCGAGCCUCCCGCCGUCGCCUCUCCGCCUCCCGUUCUGAGAUGGUGUCGAUGGCGGCGAUGUUUUUCACUUGCACAAACGACAAGCUCCUCCGCAGGCGUCCUCCUCCCCCGCUCCUCGGCAGGGGCGCCGACACAGACCUUGGAAACUCGGCGUCCGCACGGCUGACUAUUUCUUUCAUGGCCACUCCUACCGUGGCUUUGGGCUCACAGACCUUCACCAUCCCCACCCGCCUGCGCUCGCUCCGCAGCCAGCCUUGUCGUCGUUGUAGCAGUCGCUGCGUGUACCUGAAUUCUUUGUCCAGCAUUUCCAGCUUGAGGCGAAGGUCUCGUUCAAUCUUCUGGUUCAAUACCCUUAGCUGCACCAGUUUCUGCUCCAUUAUUUGUAAAAGAAUAUUUCUGUUGAUGCGUAUUUAUUUUAUUUUCCCACCAGCGUGUUCCCCAACAAAAGCUCCUUGCUGCUAUGGGUUUGUAACUGCUUGAAGGGUAAUAUAAUAUAUGCUACCCAUUGUGUUUGAAAUUGUUUGUAAUUGUGUAGCAGCACGGUCCAUACUAGAUUGUGUUUCAAGAGCCUUUCAAGGGCCAGUGCUGCUUAAUGCACACACUGAUUGACUGUUUUUGGACCAAAAAAAUAUAUAAAAUCAAAUAAAAAUUGUGGCAAAUA